AAACAAAUAUCAACGAUAUUUUUACACCCUCGUCUUUCUCACGUUCUCCGUUUCUCACUCUUUCAGACAACAGGCACCAAACCAGUGAAGAAAAAAAAAUGUCGUACUACUCACGAGGACAGGAUGACCAAGUCGACGAUUACGAUGAGUACGAUCCCACCCCAUACGGUGGCGGUUACGACAUUGCUUUAACUUAUGGUCGGCCAAUCCCACCGUCCGAUGAUACCUGCCAUCCAAUCAGCUCUUCCUCACCGUCCGACGAGAUCGACUACGAUCGUCCCAAUUACUCCUCACAUUCUGAGCCGUCUCCUUACGCUGAUGAAGCUCUUGAAACAGAGUACAGCAGCUACUCCCGUCCCAAGCCUCGACCUGGAUCCAGUUAUGGUGGGCCUCAACCGGCUUAUGGGUCUGCUGGGUAUGAGAAGCCGGUUAGUGAGGAGCAUGGCUCUAGCUAUGAGUCUGCUGGGUAUGGCAAGCCUCAUAGUGAGGAAUAUGGGUCUGGUGGCUAUGAGAAACCUAGCGAUUAUGGAUCCGGGUAUGAGAGGAGACCCGAGUACGAAGAUGGAUCUGGCUAUGAGAAGCCGAGCAAGCAUGGGUCUGGUUAUGGGCGUAAACAAGAAUCGGAUUACGGGUCUGGCUAUGAGAGACCUCAGAGUGAGGAAUAUGGAUCUGGGUAUAGCAGGAGACCCGAAUCUGAAUAUGGUUCUGGAUAUGAGAAGCCAAGUGAGUACAGUUCGGGUUAUGGGAGGAAUCCCGAAUCUGAAUACGGGUCUGGGUACGAGAAGUCCAGCGAACAUGAAGAGAGGACUGAGACGGGGUACGGAUCCGGGCAUGGGAGGAGGCCAGGGUCCGAAUAUGAAGAAGAUGGGUCGGAUCAUGUGUCUGGGUAUGGCAGGAAGCAGAGUUACGAGGAAGAGGGAGAAGGGUAUGGAGGAAGGAGCCAACAUGAGAAGCCAAGUAGUGGAGAUGAUUCACCUAAGAGGGUUAGCUAUGAAGGAGCCAACAUGAGGAGGCCAGGGUCCGAAUAUGAAGAAGGUGGGUCGGAGCAUGUGUCUGGGUAUGGCAGGAAGCAGAGUUACGAGGAAGAGGGAGAAGGGUAUGGAGGAAGGAGCCAACAUGAGAAGCCAAGUAGUGGAGAUGAUUCACCUAAGAGGGUUAGCUAUGAAGGAGCCAACAUGAGGAGGCCAGGGUCCGAAUAUGAAGAAGGUGGGUCGGAGCAUGUGUCUGGGUAUGGCAGGAAGCAGAGUUACGAGGAAGAGGGAGAAGGGUAUGGAGGAAGGAGCCAACAUGAGAAGCCAAGUAGUGGAGAUGAUUCACCUAAGAGGGUUAGCCAUGAAGGAGGAGAUUAUGAGAGGCCUUCUUAUGGGAGUCGCCGCAGUGAUGACGACGACGAGGAUCGUAAUAAGUAUCGUGAUGGUGAUGAAGAGGGCUAUGGACGCGGGAAAUAUGGAGAUAACAAUUCUGAUGAUGACGGGGAGAAGCAUCACCGCCGCCAGAGCUAUGAUGAUGAGUGAUCAAUGGACUGUAAAAUGGGAUUCAUGGCACUAUUAGCUGCUACUAAAUAAAGGGGUGAUACCAUGUUUCCUUCUGAGGGUACUUUUGUUGAGUGUUAUGCCACUCUGUAUGUGUGCAAUCUGUUUUACUUCUGAAUAGAAUCCCAAACUUAUGGGUUUGGUGUGUUCUUCACACUAGCUUAUGAUAACAAAAAUUAUGUGGUGUCAUUUUAAUCUUUCUCUA